UCGAGACGGAGCAGCAGCGAUGGAGUGGUUCGGGACUGGAAACUCCCCUAUGUUUCCCGAAGAAGAAGAGGGUUACAGUGCCUCUGCCUCUUCUGUGCCAAGUAGCUUUCACAACUCCUCACUGCAGGAGGUUGCCAGUGCAGAGUCCAUGGCAUCCCUUUGCCAGAGCCAGCAGAAGUGUGUGAAGGCCUCCGUUUCCAGCUGGCAGUUAGUGGAGGCUCAGGACCAGCUGUGUGGGAUGGAGCUGCACGGCUCCGAGAGCGUCGAGCAGGAGCGCGCCCGCGCUGUCGCCGGCCAAUCAGAGCUCUCGCAGACUGAACAUGAGUGGCGCCGGAAGGAGAGCAUGCUGGGAGGCAGCAGGAGCCCCGUGCUCAGCGCUGACAGCAGCCGGGACAUGUUCGACAAGAGUAUUAUUAAUAGUAAAAACGUUGAAUUGGAGGUUCACGACAAGAGCAAAACCUUUGUUCAGAAGUAUGAAAAAGAAUUGAGACAUUUUGGCAUGUUGCGGAGGUGGGAUGACAGCCAGCGCUUCCUGUCUGACCUGCAUCACCUCAUCUGUGAGGAGACGGCCAACUACCUGAUCCUCUGGUGCUUCAGACUUCAGGCCGAAGAGAAAGAGGCGUUAAUGGAGCAGGUAGCUCACCAGGCUGUUGCUAUGCAGUUUAUCCUGGAGAUGGCCAGCACCUCCCAGCAGGAUCCCAGAGGCUGCUUCCGUCAGUUCUUCCACAAAGCCAAAGCAGGACAAGAGGGGUACUUAAACAUCUUCCAUGCUGAGCUAGAGGCCUUUAAGCAGAGAGUAAAAGAGUACACCAUCAAGUUCAAAGGAGAGACCCCCUCCAACGACACACCGCUCCAGAGCAGUACAGCACGCUGUCAUCUGGAUCCCAAAGAGGUUCUAGAAUCUUUACCCCCAGAACUGAAGGCAGGGUUCCAGCUGCAAGACAUGCAGAUUCUCCAGAAUGUUCUCAGCACCAUGAAUCCACAGGUGGCAGAGUACCAUGUGAAGCGUUGUCUGGAGUCUGGCUUGUGGACUAACAAAGAAGGGAGACGGUCCAAGGAGGAAGUUAAUCCAGAAACAGACGACCUGCGCAUGAUGGAGACAUAACGACUGUGGUGGAAGCGCCCUCCAUCUCUCCCAUCUCCCCUCUAGGAAUUGACACUCUCAAUAGGAAAAGGGCUGAGCUCCCCACAGAGACUUAUUUUUGUAUGCAGCAGAAUCUGCACCUGAAUGUGUCUUGCACUUUAUAUUUGUUUCAAAACAAACUAUUUAAAGAAGGCGAGUGGUAGGUAUUUUGAGGCACUUACUGUACCUUUUCUCAUAUAGCUAGAGUAUCUCUUCUCAUGUCAUAUCUUGUUUUAGCAGAGUGAACCUUGCUUUGUAAGGAAGUCAUCUUUACACAGGAAUUUACAAGAGCUACUUCAAACUUUUGAGAAUUGUUUUUAUAUUUUGGGGUAUUCCUGUGACUCUGUUUAUCAACCUUAUGGGUGUGAAGGGAGAUAAGUCAUCUACAGUAGUCUUCACUGGACUCGCAGGUAGGAAGUCUAAUGGUUAAGAGCGUUGGGCCAGUAACAGAGAAAUUGGCCGUUCUGCCCUUGACCAAAGCAGUUAACCCCCAACAAU